AUGACCUGCUCUGUGUGUAAAUCUGCAGAGAUUGUGAAAUGCGAAGAGAAGAUUGAGGCUGUGAGUUGUGGUGAAGAUGUGGUGAGGAUUCUGUCUGAAAGUGGCAUAGUUUUUUGUGUGGAUCAAACUCGCCCUCCUUUCAGUCCCAGCACACCAGAAGCACUGCGCAACAAACAGGUGUCUCAGGUGACUUGUGGGAGCCAGCAUACAGUCGUUUUGACAAAAGAUGGUCAGUUGUAUACUUGGGGCCAGGACUCCAGGGGGCAGCUGGGUCUGGGCACAAACGAGCAAUACGUGAAUUCACCCCAGCAUGUCAGAUCUUUGUCAGCGAUCCCAGUGGUCCAGGUCGCUGCAGGUGGAGAGCAGAGCUUCGCCCUCUCUGUCUCUGGAGGAGCGUUUAGCUGUGGCAGAAAUGACUGUGGACAGCUUGGACUGGGUGACACACAAGACAGACAUACACCGACUCCGGUUCAUUACCUAAACAUGAAGAAAACUGUUUCCAUUUCCUGUGGGAAGGACCACACUGCUGCUCUGACAAAGGACGGUGCAGUGUUUACAUUUGGCUCUGGUCAAUAUGGACAGCUUGGCCACAACUCGUUACAAAAUGAACAGCGUCCUCGGCUUGUUGCAGAGCUCUGGGGGGCAAAGGUCACAAAGGUUGCAUGUGGAAGCUACCACACACUGGUACUGACAGAAUCCAAGAAGGUGUACUCGUUUGGGUGUAAUGAACAAGGGCAGCUGGGACGUGGAGAAGAGACUCAGGCAUCAGUGCCACUACCUGUGCAACUGCCACAUGGGGAAUGGUGGUCCUCACUGUCACCCUCCGACAUGAUCAGAUAUGUUCAGGUGUGGAAGACGGCCCUCUCGUGGAUUCCAAUCUUUAAGUCUGUUUCUUGCGACGCUCAAGCCAGAAACGUACUGCUAAUCCUCCAGCAUAUGUACUAUACCAAUGAGAUAAACAAGAAAAUCCCAGAAACAACUUUUUGCCUCGAGCUUAGCCAGAUGUUUCUAAAGGAGGAUCUCAAACGUUGGCGAACAAAGUCAAAACUCAAGAAUGCAGAUGAUCUGCCUGUGAUUCUUUGCAAGUACCCAUUUGUGAUGGAUCUGAAAUCAAAGAAACUGGUUUUUGACAUGAAUUCUGCAUUCACUCAGAAUGAACAGCAGGCGCCUCCACAGAUGGUUUUUGAUUUUCAAUACGGAUGGAUUUCCCAGUCAAAACCCAAAUUUUUUAAACUGCACCUGCAGCGCGCAUCACUUUUCGAAAGCACCUUCAGAGAGCUGGCAGCUACUGCUCACAGCGACUUCAAGAAGCCACUUGUGGUGAAUAUUUGA